CUUAACCUCAGGUUUCUACACAGCACAACACUAUCCCUCUUCAAUGGCUAUCUCUUUGCUUUUACAAUUUCUUUUCAUCAUUCUACUUCCACAAUCAAUUGCCAAAACACAUGUUACUGAUCAUGCUCAAACACACUGCAUAGAGCAUGAGAAAAAUUUGUUGCUUGAGUUGAAGAACCAACUGGUAUUCAAUUCAUCUUAUUCAACAAAUCUGGUGCAAUGGAACGUCGACGAAACGGGCGAUUGUUGCAGCUGGCAAGGUGUGGGUUGCGACGACGCCGGCCAUGUUAUCAGUUUGUGGCUCAAAGAUGAGGCCAUUUCAGGUGGAUUUAAUGAGUCAUCCAGUCUUUUCAAUCUCAAGUUCUUGAAGAAGCUCUCCUUAUCCAACAAUCUGUUCUCAUCUUCUUUACCACAUUCUAUUACCAAUCUUGAGAGUUUGUCUCAUUUAUACCUCUCCAAUGCCACAUUCAGUGGCACGAUUCCAUUGGCUCUUGGUAAUCUGACGCGACUAGUCCAUGUGGACUUGUCAGGAAACUUCUUCAGUGGCGCGAUUCCAUUGGCUCUUGGUAAUCUGACGCGACUAGUCCACGUGGACUUGUCACACAACUUCUUCAGUGGCUCAAUUUCUUCCAUCCACUUUGAAGGUCUUUACAAAAUUGAUACAAUUGAUUUAAGCUACAACUCACUAAGUGGCAGCAUUCCCAAAUCCAUCUCUACUCUUUUUUCUUCACUAUGGCAACUUGAUCUCCACAACAACCAAUUCCAUGGCCAACUUAGUGAGUUUCUUGAUGAGGAUAUCUCCAAGCUUCAUUCUUUCCAUGAUCUCGAUCUCUCCAACAACUUGCUCAACGACACUUUUCAACUCGAAAAGAUUCUAACCAUCAUUCCCUACCUCGAAAAUCUUGAUCUUUCUAACAACUUCUUGUCACUCAACACUUCAAGCUCAAACAAGUUCUCUAUGAACAAAUCCUUCUUGAAUUACUUGGACCUUUCGAGUAACAAGAUUGGUGAAGUUCCUAGUUGGAUUUGGGAAAUUGGAGAAUUGACAUUUUCCUAUUUGAACCUUUCUUGUAACAAGCUGGUGGAUCUGCAACAGCCUUACAAUAUUCCUAGCUUCUCUCUUGGUGUUCUUGACUUGCACUCGAACCAGCUUCGUGGCGAGCUGCCACUGCCACCACGGAAAGCUUUGUACGUGGAUUACUCGAAUAAUUAUUUCCACAAUUCCAGUCCCAACACCGGAAGCUUCUCCUCUGUUGAUCUUCAAUUCUUAUCCGUUGCAAAUAACAGCCUAACGGGGCCGUUUCCAACCUUCAUUUGCAAUAGUACAAGCCUUAAAUUUCUUGACUUGUCUUUCAAUAACUUGAGUGGUAGUUUACCUUCUUGCCUAUUUGAAAAUGAUAAGAAUCUUCAAGUGCUCAAGCUAGGGAGAAACAACAUCAAUGGUGGGAUCCCUGAUAAAUUUUCUCCCAAUUGCAGCCUAAGAACUUUAGAUGUGAGUCACAACAAUUUGGUUGGAGAUGUUCCACUUUCUUUAAAGAGUUGCUCUUCUUUAGCAUUCUUGAAUGUUGGAAGCAACCACAUAGAUGGUAACUUCCCAUGCCUGCUUCCAUCUUCGUUGCAAGUGCUCGUGUUGCGCUCCAACAGAUUACAUGGGGAAAUCGGAUGUCAGAAGAGUUGGCCAAAUCUUCAAAUCAUGGACAUAGCUUCCAACAAUUUCAGUGGCUCAUUACAUCCUUUUAACUUCACAAGUUGGGGAGGAAUGGUGUUGGAAGGCGAGACAAGGCCAGCGCGCUUCAAAUUAGGCACCGGUAUGACUAACUACACGAGUUACAACUACUGGGAUGAGGUGACAUUAACCAUCAAAGGAUUGGAGCUGAAGCUUGUCAAGAUUUGGCCAGAGUUUACAUCCAUUGAUUUCUCUUGCAAUAAUUUUCAUGGAGAUAUCCCUAAAGCCAUUGGUGAGCUCAGCUCACUUUAUCUUCUAAACCUAUCCCACAAUGCUCUGAGUGGCUCAAUCCCAAAGUCAUUUGGUGAGUUGAGGCAGCUCGGAUCACUCGAUCUCUCGAUGAAUCUGCUCACAGGUGAGAUACCAGAUGAGAUUGCAAGGCUCACAUUCCUUGUUGUGAUGAAUGUGUCUUACAACAAGCUGGUUGGGAAGAUCCCACUUGGCUCUCAAAUUCAAACGUUUUCAGCUGAUUCCUUUGAAGGGAACAUAGGAUUGUGUGGUCUCCCUCUCAGCAUCAGCUGCACAAACACACCACCACAAAGAAAUGUGGAAUCAGAUAGGGAGAUUGAGUGGGAUUAUGUGUUUGCUGCUGCUGGAUAUGCUGUGGGCAUAGGGAGCUUUUCUUGGGUGCUUUUAUUUUGGACAAGCUUUAGAGACAAAUAUUUUGAGAAAGUUGAGGAUGUUUUUGAGAAGAUAUUCGAGCGCCGCCAGAAUAGGAAGAGAAGACAUGGAGGAAGAAGGGCUGUGAGGAAUCAAGUUAGAAGACAGUAGUGGUGACAGAGCUAUUUAGUUUGGUUGCAGAGGAAAAUUCAUAAACUAAGGCUCCUUAUUUGCAUCUUGUUUUGUUAUCUUUUGGUAUAUCCUUUCAUAUUUGUGUGUCUAGUCUACUUUAGAAAUAGUUACUCAGUCCAUGAUAAGUGUGAUGUGGAUUGGAUGAUGCGAAUUUUAAGAAAAUAUUGACGGAUAUGUAUAAAAUGAGAAGGUGAAUCGUCAAACUUCCAUUACGUAAUUAAUAAAUGGUUUGUAAGA